AUGGUGCAUGCAAAAUGGGGACGUCUGGUGCGCUUUAUAGCCCGGGAAGAUGGAAAGGAGCACUUCGGAGAGCCACAAGAUGCGGACCUCGACAUUGGAGACGCCUUGGCACAGUCGAUACCAGUCUCUGUACGAGAACUCUCAGCGACAUCAGCGCUGGAUCUUGACGCGCAGCCCACCUCACGUACCCUGACGAUCCAGAGCCUCCUGCCACCUCUCUCAAAGAGCGAGGUGGGAACAAUUCGCUGCGUCGGGCUCAAUUACCGCAACCACGCCAAAGAGAUGAACCUGGCGCUGCCAGACCACCCAACUCUCUUCUUCAAGCCUUCCACGUGUCUCAAUGCGCCCAACGGGCCCCUUGUCAUUCCUCACCAAGCAACGGAUGGACAAGCUGACUAUGAAGCCGAGCUAGCCGUCGUCAUCGGCAAAACGGCGCGAAACGUGGCUGCCGAUGAAGCUCUGAUGUAUGUCCUAGGGUACAUGUGUUCCAACGACGUGUCGGCGCGGAAGCACCAGUUCAACGGAGCACAAUGGGGCUUCGGAAAGGGGUUUGAUGGGUUUGCGCCCAUGGGGCCGUGUCUGGUGUCAACCCAGCGCAUACCAGACCCCAGUGUGAUCGCUUUGAAGACCGUGUUGAACGGGGAAAUCAUGCAGCAGGGUCGAGCGGAUGACAUGAUUUUCUCAGUUGCAGAGAUCAUCGCGUAUCUUUCGCAGGGGACGACGCUGGAGGCCGGCACGGUGAUCAUGACGGGGACGCCGCAUGGUAUUGGGGUCAGCAAGAAUCCUCCGGUAUAUUUGAAGCCCGAAGAUGAUGUCCGGAUCGUUAUGAGUCAUGGAUUGGGGAGUUUGGUUAAUAAGGUUGAAUACGAGGAGGCUCCGAGGAAAUUGUAG